AUGACGCCUGUCCCGACGUCUGGCACUAGGAGGUCACAGUUGCCAUUGAUGUCUAAAGCUCCAACAGAGUCGGUCGGGGGUGUUCGUGGGGUUGCGAGAACCGUCUGGGAGCGUUUAGGGGAACGGACGCGAAGAAGAGGAGCCGAUUGUUCUCUUUCUCGUUCUACGAAAAGUAGGACGAAAACGAGAAAUGAGGACGAGAACGGAAACGGGAACGAAGACGAUAACGGAGACGAAGACAAGAACGAGAACGAGAACAAUAAUGAGAGCGAGAAUGGGAACGAGAAUGAUAACGAAAACGAUGAUGAAAAUGGGGACAAGAAUGAGGAUGAAAAUGAGGACGAGAAUGAAGAUGAAAAUGAGUACGAGAAUUAG